AUGAGACGAGUAAUGGCGCAAGCCUUGAUCAGUGAAAGUCACUACAAGAGCUCCACAGAAUGGCCAGUGGACAGCAAUGAAUAUAAGAUCUAUACAGCAUUCAAAGAACAACUACACAACAACAGCUUGAAAUACCCACCGUCCUUUGAUAAAUUUAAAGAUGAGCCAGGGAUGAAUCAACGGCUGGAGUAUACUACUAUUAUUGAGGAGCUUGUGUUUUGGGUCCUGAGAUUUGAAUUUCCACAGCGUCUUGUGACUUUCUUGUUGGGCCUGCUGCCUGAUGACCUGUAUAAGGAAGCUUUUGCUAAAGCUUUUGUGAAGCACUACUCUCGCAUAUCUGUUGUGCUGAUCAACGCUUCAGAGAGGUCAACUGUGGCCAACAGAAUUGUCCACAUUAGUGUCCAGCUGUUUAGCAGUGAGCAUCUGGCCGUCUUCUUGGCCGAGAAGUACAACUUACUUCUGACAAUCAUUCUCAGCCUGGCUAACAUGAUUCAGAGCGUCCGAGUGCCGAGUACUCUAGAAGAUCCUGAAAUGAAGACCAACUUCCACAGUGUGGUCAGCUGUGAGCAUGAGAUUAUGAAGGACCACUGCUACUGGCCAGUGGUCAGUGAUCUCAUCAAUGUGCUGUCGCAUAAAAGAAUAGCCCACAGGUUUCUGGCCGACGAGAAGCUGAUUGAGUUGUGGCUGGAUUUGUUGAAUGACAUGCAGGGAAUGAACCUGAACACCCGAGAGCUGAGCCAACAUGUGGAGUUUGAACCAGAAACAUACUACGCUGCUUUCUCUGCUGAGCUGGAGAUUUCUGCCUCUCCCAUGUGGUCAUUGCUUAUGCAUUGCCAGGCCCCUGACACCAGCCAGUAUAUAUUCAAUAUGAUCAAGGCUGCUACUACAGCAAUAUCAGAAUGGUUUGAAGCAAUCAACUUCCUGGACUCCAUGAAGCCCAAUCCAUAUCAGCUGACCUUUCACCUUCCACUGCAUCGAUAUCUGGCAACUUUUAUCAUGACUGGUGUGAGAAACCAUGACAUGGAUCUGCAGACGCUGCUGCCGGAAGAGAACUUGCUGAAGAAAGUCAUGUUGCAUGUGCUGCAGAUUCAGGCCUGUCUGACACAGAUUUAUGCGGGAAUGUGGGUACGAAAUGGAAUCCAGAUUAAAGGUCAGGCAAUGACAUACAUUCAGUGUCACUUCUGCUACUCUAUGGCAGAUGCAGACAUGUUUCUACUACAGCUAUCAGCCACAAAGCUUGACCCAGACUAUUUCGUACACACGGUGUUGGAAAGAUUCCACAUUUUGAACUGGUUAUCCUACUCUCCGGAACCAACCAGCAUUGGAAUUUCCAUGGAUUCUGCCCAGGAGCUAGCUAUGGUAGAGGGCGCUCUCUCUCUGUUCUCGGCUCUGUUUGGCAUGCAUACAUAUUUAGGUAUCAGUGAAAAAGACCUCAUCAGAAAAGAGAUGGCAUCUCUUCUGUGUAUGAAUGAUCGGCAGCACAGUGCACUGAUGGAUCUGAUGCCGGAGAAAACUGGAGUGAAUGGACUGUCUAAAGAGCUAUUUGAGCCUACACUGCAAGAGCUUGCAGAAUACAAAGACCCCAAUUUUGAAUCUGGCGGAGGUUUACAGCAGGGCACUUAUGUACCUAAAGCAUCUGUGUGGGAAAAUGAUUUUGAUCCUGUCCAUGUGUCUCAGCGAGCUAUUUAUAGAAGAGACAUGCAGUCGGCAAUGGAUCGCUACACUGAAUAUUUGCGAAACAACAAAGGAUACUCCAAAAAAACAACACCUUGGCCUCCCUUCAAGAUUGAUGGAAAUAUUCACCCAGCGUACACUGGCAUAUACCGAUUGUUGAACUGCAAGACGAUGCACGCAUUCCUCUUUAUUGUGCUUCACAAGGCUAUGAACAGAGAUAAGAGUUUACCAGAAGCCAUCUUGUUCCAUUGUGUGCAUUUACUCAACAUGUGCGUGCAUUUUGCCCCAAAGAAUUUCCCAAAUCGAGUUCCUGGUUUGACCCUUCAAGUUCAUGAUGGGCAACUUGACAAGUGGUACGGUACAUGCGACGUUAAGGCCAAUGCAUGUGACAUCAUUUCUGAGGUUAUCGUGCCGACUCCAGUGACCGAGGAAGAGAUUCUGUCACCCGGAUCUGUUGCAGAUGACAUGGAUACUUCCAGUCUUGAAGCCAUGUUCCAGCUGCAGCCGUCUACAAUAUCUAGUUCAGGAGGACCUGUGACUUCUGCCCAGAUUGGACAGAUUCCAUCAAUGGCUGUGGAUCUCUUUUAUUUUAGUUACAAGCCAAAAAUCCUGUCACCGUCUGCAUCUACCUCAAUGCCAGAGGGUGGUGGAGAUGGACAACAUUAUAUUGGACGUCUGCUUGAUCGCCUGUACUCUACCGGUUUACCUGCGUCACAGAUUAUUGAUGAAACCUGCCGUUCUCUCAAUGUAGCAAAAGUUAAGGCAGGGCCCUCAGACACAGAAAAAGACAGCAAAAGAAGAAAAGCUUGGAACAGGCAGCAGAAGUUGAUGGCAGAGUUUGCAUCAAAACAGAAGGCCUUUCUAGAACAGGCCAUGGAAGAGGAAGGAGAAACCAAUGAGUCAACAGCUGACUCUGCAAAAGCAGGCCAAGAACAAGAGCUGCUAAAGGUCCAGGAAUAUGAUUGUGUCAUCUGCAACCAAACCACGCCUUCUACAGGCGAGAGACCAGUCGGGAUGGUCAUUUUUCUACAGGCAUCAAGUGUACUGGGUCAUCGUCAUCAGAAUGACCAAGAGUACCCCUUAACUCUUUCGGAGACACAGACGGAGCAUUACCGUAAUGCCUCCUGUGGGAAAGUUCACCACAAGAAGUUGGACACCUUGCGCAAAUAUUUUGAAGAGAAAUCUUGUGAAUUGUCAGUAAAUAUUGGUUGGGAAGGUGGGGUAGUAGCCCAGACCUGUGGACAUUACCUUCAUCUAGACUGCCAUAAAUCUUACCUUGAUUCUCUUAGGACCCAAAAUCAUGUGGAGGUGCUGAAUGUGAACAAGCGGGAGUACUGGUGUCCUCUGUGUCGUCAGCUGUCAAAUGCUGUCAUUCCCAUGGUUCCUGAGGAGAACCCCAUGAUGAUGGUGAAGCCAGUAUCCAGGGACCCCAAACAGAUGGUCGAAGACAUUGCUGAAAUGAUGGUCAGGCGACGAAUCGGCGUGGACCAUGCACCGCUGACAUGUGCCAUGCGAAUAGUCAUGGAGGACAUCUCAACCAUCACGUACCCGAGCUACCGUGUCUUUACAUCCACACACAGCACAGAAAGUGUCCUUCUCUUCAUCUCAUCAGUGGCCAGGGUGAAUUUAGAAGUUGAUCUGCUUCAAAGAGGAGGCAAUCUCAGCGCAGCGCAAGCUAUAGCUGUCACCAAAAAGCAUUGCUUUUUGCCCCUGUUGCAUGUGUUGAGUCUACACAGCAAGGUGCUUGUUUCAACCUCACCCUACCCAGACAUAUGGUCUCACCUCACAGGUACCAACCUUCAGGAUGAUGUUACCAGCACAUUGUCUGUAUAUGAAAGGAAGGUUCCACUUCUCCUGAAGGAUGCCCUCAGCCUUCUGAUGCAGUUUGUGUUGACUUUGUCGUUCGCCAUCGAGCCAGAGCACUAUGAUUUUGUGGUACAGAUGUUGUACAACCUGGUCUAUGUUCAAGCUCUGGCAUAUGUCAGCUGCCAGUUUUCUGGUGAUGAACGGGAAGCUUGGAGGAGGACAGGGAUACAGAGUCAGACCACAACAUUGGAAGGUUUGCUCAGCAGCAUCAUUGGUUGGCUAUCUCGGAGCUCUCUUUAUGAGGAGAUUGAUCAUAGUCAUGUACUGCCUGCUAUAUGUCAAAGUGUGUGGUCACCGGUCAGCGUGGAGCAAACAGUUGAGGAAUAUUGCUUGCCCUUCUUGAGAAUCUCAGCUCUCAUGAAAAGUCACCUGUUUGCAACUGAUAUACCUGCAAUUCAGCCCGGACAAGGGGAGUUCCAGCUGCUGACACAGUUCCUGAAUCUGUGGAGGCCAGCGGAAGCAUCUCAGGAUGAUUGUUCUAGCACAAGAUGCACACGCUGGGUGGUGGAAGAGCCUCACUCUUUAGUCAGAGCUUGGUGUGUCCACAUUACUGACUUUGCCAAUGCAGCACCACAAGAAGCCAAAUUCUUGCUACAGCUGAAUCCAAACUGGCAAAAACCUAGCCUCAUAAAACUGCAUAAGCGCUACUACCAGAUUUUUCAAAUGUACCGCUCGUCCAAGUGUGCCCACUGUGGGAACAGCCCUAAAGAUCCGGCCAUUUGUCUUGUCUGUGGUAAAUUUCUGUGCUUCAGGGAGAUGUGUUGUCAACAGGAGUCAGUCUACGAGAGUGUUCGUCAUUCCAUUUAUUGCGGAGCUGGAACGAGCAUGUUCUUGCUGAUCAACUCAAGUCUGAUAGUGGUCAUCAGAGGUCCCAGAGCCACCCUGUGGGGGUCAGUCUAUCUAGAUGAGCAUGGAGAAGAGGACCGAGAUCUUAAGAGAGGCAAGCCUCUGUACCUAAGCAUGGCUAGAUAUAAGCUUUUAGAAUCACAGUGGCUGUCUCACAACUUUGACCAUGCAUGCAAACGUUGGAUCUGGCAUAAAAAUCAGCUUUGA